GCUGAGUCGACCUACAGCCAGGGGGUUGUGGUGGUGCGGAUGGGAUUCUGAAUCCGUGUAGUGUUUUGUUUGGAACUUCCCGCCGAUGGACGAUGAACACGAUGGCUGUGGGGCGAGGUGAUCCCCUACAGAGACGGCGGCGUUGGCGGUCGUGGCGGUGGUGCCUUGCCAACAUGCACGCGAAGCCGUUCCGCGGGCAGUGUUACUCCAAACUCCGGCGGGAAUGCCUCUCGGCGGGACGGCCUUUCGAAGACCCGCUCUUCCCGGCGUCCGACUCGUCCCUGUACCACACCAAGCCGCCUCCCGCGCACGUGGAGUGGAGGAGACCCACGGAGCUGUGCACUUUUCCCCGCAUGGUGAUCGGAGGCAUCAGCGCUCACGACCUGAACCAAGGCACGCUGGGAAACUGCUGGUUCGUGGCCGCCUGCUCCUGCCUGGCCACUAGGCCGUCCGUCUGGAGCAAGGUGAUCCCAGACCCCUUCAGCCAGUGCUGGGGCAGCGGGGGGCCCAAUCCGCACCCGGGGAUCUUCCACUUCUGCUUCUGGCGCUUCGGCCAGUGGCUGGACGUGGUGGUUGACGACCGGCUGCCCACCUCCGACGGGAAGCUGCUCUACUGCAGCUCGAGCGAGCCUUCCGAGUUCUGGAGCGCCCUUCUGGAGAAGGCCUACGCCAAGCUGUGCGGCUCGUACGAGGCGAUGGACGGGGGCAGCACUGCGGCGGCGCUGGUGGACCUCUCGGGCGGGGUGUCGGAGCCCCUCGACCUCACCGACAGCGCUCUCGCCCGCGACGCCAUCCGCAAGUUCCACCUCUUCGGCCGCCUGCUCAAGGCGCACUCGCGCGGGGGCCUCAUCAGCUGCUCCAUCCGCGCCACCGCGGAGGAGCUGAAUCGGCGGCUGGCGAGCGGCCUGGUGCAGGGCCACUCCUACUCCGUGACGUCAGUGCGCAAGGUGCAGCUGGCGCCGCGGGACGGCGGCGACGGCAGCCACAAGCAGUACCUGCUGCGCAUGCGCAACCCGUGGGGCCACCGCGAGUGGAACGGGUCGUGGAGCGACACGUCCGAGGAGUGGAAAAUGGUCAGUGGGAGCGAGCGCCAACGGAUGGGAAUUACGGUGCGGAACGACGGGGAGUUCUGGAUGUCGCUGACCGACUGGUGUAAUAACUUUACGGAUGCGGUGGUGUGUCGCCUGGUGAACACGGCGCUGCUGAGCGUGCGCAAGACGUGGGAGGAGGUGCGCUCGUUCGGAGAGUGGGUGCCGUCGCCCGAUCCACGGCGCAACCGCGCCGGGGGCUGCAGCAACUACGACACCUACUUGCAGAACCCGCAGUACAUGUUCCAAGUCCAGAAGGACAAAGACGAGAUACUCAUCUCCUUGCAGCAGCAGGACCGGGACCCCAGUCAAGCCUUGACUAGGCCCAGAAAAGUUUCCAUCGGGUUCCUCAUCUACAAGGUGGAGGAGAACCGAAGGUACCGCUUGCACAGAGCCCCCGAACGUGUCGCCGUCUCCAAGUACAUCAACGCGCUCAAUGUCUUCCUGCGGCUGGAGCUGGCGUGUGGCCGCUACGUCAUCAUCCCCUCCACGUACCGCCCAGGCAUCCCCAGGCGCUUCCUGCUGAGGCUCUACUCCGACGUGGCAUCGAAUUUCCGGGAGCUGACCAAGGACAGUCCGCUCGAGUCGUGCUGGGUCAUGUUCCAUCGACCCCCGGUGAGGGUGGUCACCGUUCACCUUCGCGCUGCCAAGGUCCCCGGCAAGACAGGCAUCAGCCCGUAUGGAGUGAUCAUCUGCGAGGACGUGCGGGUGAAGUCCGACGUCUUCAAGGGCACGCAGGAGGCGGCCUUCAACACGAGGGCCAUCUUCUACCAGCGAAGGCCAGACAAGCCCAUUGUCAUCCAGGUGUGGUCAAGCCACUGGCUCAAGGACGAGCUCCUUGGCGAGGUGGGGCUGCCGGAACUGAACCAGGCCGAAGACGAGCACACGCUGCAGCUGGAGACGCGGGAGGGCGGCGGUGGCAGCGGUGGCGGCACCGUCAUUGUCCACGUGCGGUGCAGCGACGACAUCACGGCGCUCUGAGCCCGGGACCACGAACUCACGAACCCACGAACCCCCUUCUCCCCUCCCCUCCCACCUCAACUCCACACCUCCACGCACCGCCAACCCCCGAGAGAUCUUCCGAAUUUGCUCAUGAGCAAGGAGCAGGACGGAUAAGAGGGAGUCGCGCAGCAAUUGGAUCUGUGGGUAAUUGGGAUGGCGUGGACAUUGAGGCUGUACCGUCACUUGUGACGAGCAAGGCGUCCAUUGGCCAAGAUUGGCUUAUUGCGCCCCCUGAUGGCCACUUUCGGAAAAGGCAGUCUGCAAGUAUGGCUGUGGGUCAGUGUUGAGACUGUGUGUCAGUGUUGAGGCUGUCAGUGUUGAGACUGUGGUUCAGUGUUGAGACUGUGUGUCAGUGUUGAGUCUCUGUGUGUCAGUGUUGAGGCUGUGGGUCAGUGUUGACACUGUGUCAGUGUUGAUACUGUGUGUCAGUGUUGAGUCUCUGUCAGUGUUGAGGCUGUGGGUCAGUGUUGAGACUGUGUGUGUCAGUGUUGAGUCUCUGUGUGUCAGUGUUGAGACUGUGUGUCAGUGUUGAGACUGUGUGUCAGUGUUGAGUCUCUGUGUGUCAGUGUUGAGUCUCUGUGUGUCAGUGUUGAAACUGCGUUAAUCAGUAUCGCCAUCGAGUGUGUAGGCGGUGCAACUGCACCACGAUGGGUUCCGGACGCUGGGCUACGAAGGACAGUGGUGGAGCGUGGUGGCUGAACAUCUGUGCCAAAGAGCUUCAUAGCUCAUCGGAUUCGUCCAGUAUUGAAAUAAAGACGAUGAGUGGGUUCGUGCUGAGGCUGAUCAAAUUCCUCGCUUUGCAUCUGUCAAGUCAAAGUAUGAAAAACAAGAAUAUGUUUGACCAUUUCUGGCAAUAAAAGUACCCGUUCGCCUUUUGGCGUUCUCUGGUCUGACUCUGGUGAGACGGGGUCAAUCAGUUUCAAAGACAAUGCCAUAUGUUAUCGGAGCAUGUUUGUGUUUGCAUGUUUACCACAGGUACGUGUGGUUAAUGCAAACUUGAUUCCCGGCAAAAUGAAUCUAUUUGGUGUUUUAACAUCUUAACACCUCCUGUUUUAUUGCCAGAAAGGGUAAAAUACAUUCUUAUUUUUCAUACUUUGAUACUGGCAAAAAAGGUAUUCCAUGAUAUAAGUCAAGUUUAUUUUGUGUGACUGGGUGAGAAAUAAAGAUACCCUAAUGAGUUUCAGUUGCAAGGGUGACCUAGGGAUCAAAAAUAUGACCAACCAUGAAACAAGUUGAACACGGUAGAGCGAUGUAGUAAAUAGGAAUCAAUGCAAAAACAACAACUCGGUCACGUGGUGAAAUCAACACCAUUUCACAAAGGUACAAGAUCGGUGUUUAUGGAAUCGGCUUGGGCAGAUACAUAUCUCAGACCGACCGUAGCGCGAUCACCGAAUGAAGGCACAGAAAUGUUGAACAGAAAUCGGUGUGCGUCUCGUGUGCGUGGCAAGGAUACACGUCAUCUGUGUGGCGUGGCGUGAGCAUGUGAACAUA